CCAUAGACUGGGUAUAGGAAUGUAGAAGUGUAAAAUGUUGGCAGUAGUCGUACUUAAGUUACUCCAAUUUAACAGCAUUUACAUAAAAAGCAGAGCUUUUUCUGCUACAAAUUAUUUUCUCCACCCACAUACCAAACCAAUCCUCUUUUAAUUCCUUCAUUUUUUAAUUCAAUUUUAUUUUUUAUUUAAAAACAAAAAAAAAAAAAGUAAGAAAAAAGAGUCCAACAGAAAAAGGUAGAGGAGAGAGAAACUAGAGAAAAUGGGGGAUCAUGCAAACCCACACCCAAACUGGUCGUCGAUUCAUCUUCUCCACAUCCUCACUUCUUCUGCUUCUUCUUCUUCUUCCUCCCCAAUUUCUCUGUUUUUUUAGGGUUUCACACUACUUCACUUUUCUGCCGGCUCUUGCUCUCACUAGAUUCAGCAAGUGCUGCACAGUCAACUGGGAGUAAGAAGAUAGUGACUGUUGAUUUAUUUGUUGUUAGAGAGGAGUAGUUUACUGUAGUUGAUUUCGUGGGAUUUGAGUGUUUAGGUGUAGUGUUAAGUUAAUAGAUUAAAGAUAGAGAAGGAGAUGGAAGCGGCGAGGAGGUGUUUUGGCGGGCUCAAAGUGAAAGAUAAGGAAAGAGUGGUGAGGAAGGAGGCUGCUGUUACGGUCGUAAAAGGGAAAGAAGGGAUGAAGGCUCCGGUCAGUGACGAUGCCCCCUCCACCGCUACCAAACAGAAGGUUGCAGCUGCAAAACAAUAUAUUGAGAAGCAUUAUCAGGAUCAGAUGAAGAAUUUGCAGCAAAGGAAAGAGCGACGUGAUAUAUUGGAGAAGAAGUUGGCUGAUGCCGACGUAUCAAAGGACGAGCAGAGUAGCAUGCUUUCAUCACUAGAGAAAAAGGAAAGAGAGUAUAUGAGGCUUCAGAGGCAUAAAAUGGGGGCAGAUGAUUUUGAACCAUUGACUAUGAUAGGAAAAGGUGCAUUUGGUGAGGUGAGAAUCUGCAGAGAAAAAUCAAGUGGCAAUGUGUAUGCUAUGAAGAAAUUGAAGAAGUCUGAGAUGCUUAGGAGAGGCCAGGUGGAACAUGUAAAAGCUGAAAGGAACUUACUUGCAGAGGUUGACAGUAAUUGCAUUGUCAAGCUUUAUUGCUCCUUUCAAGACGAUGAAAACCUUUACCUUAUCAUGGAAUAUCUUCCUGGUGGGGAUAUGAUGACUUUACUCAUGCGCAAGGAUACACUAACUGAGGACGAGGCUAGGUUUUAUGUUGCUGAAACUGUCCUUGCCAUUGAAUCCAUCCAUAAGCAUAAUUACAUACAUAGAGACAUCAAACCUGAUAAUUUACUACUAGAUAGACAUGGUCACAUGAAACUUUCAGACUUUGGAUUAUGUAAACCGUUGGAUUGCCGAGGUCUUCAGGAAAAGGACUUUUCUUCGGGGAACAACUUAAGUGGGGCUCUUCAAAGUGAUGGACGGCCUGCAGCUCCAAAACGCUCGCAGCAAGAGCAAUUACUGCAUUGGCAAAAAAACAGGAGAAUGCUUGCUUAUUCGACAGUUGGUACGCCAGAUUACAUUGCCCCCGAAGUGCUGUUGAAGAAGGGAUAUGGCAUGGAAUGUGAUUGGUGGUCUCUGGGUGCUAUCAUGUAUGAAAUGCUUGUAGGAUAUCCCCCAUUUUAUUCAGAUGACCCUAUGUCGACUUGUAGAAAGAUAGUUAAUUGGAGACAUCAUCUAAAAUUUCCGGACGAAGCUAGGUUAUCACGGGAAGCAAAAGAUCUUAUAUGUAAACUCCUUUGCAAUGUUGAGCAACGGCUUGGAACCAAAGGUGCAGAUGAAAUAAAGGCACAUCCGUGGUUUAAGGGAGUCGAAUGGGAGAAACUGUAUCAAAUAGAAGCUGCAUUUAUUCCUGAAGUGAAUGAUGAAUUGGAUACGCAAAACUUUGAAAAAUUUGAAGAGACGGACAAGCAAUCUCAUCCGGCCAACUCGAAAUCUGGUCCUUGGAGAAAGAUGCUCUCAUCAAAGGAUGUCAACUUUGUCGGAUAUACGUACAAAAAUUUUGAAAUCGUCAAUGAUCAUGAAGUACCUGGUAUCUCUGAAAUAAAGAAAAAGAGUAGCAAACCCAAGCGUCCGACGAUCAAAUCUCUUUUUGAUGAUGACUCACAGACCUUUUCAAAGCAGCCUGUUCAAGGGAGUUUCCUUAAUCUGUUACCACCUCAUCCCGAAGUUCCUGAGAAACCGAGUGAAUCCUUGUAAAUGUUGCUAACUUGUCUUGAUAUCAGAUAUGAUCAAAUAGGUUUUCUUAGUGUUGAUUUUGAAGCGGACAGUUUUGGUUCAUUGACUGCUGCACAUUGGCUCUGUGGAUGCGUAGGAGAGAGAUGCUUUGGGAAAGGUUCGGGGCAAAGGCCCGAAGAUAGAAUGAUUAUUUGGACCUUGAAUUCGAUGUCAAUCUUUUGUAAAUUAAUAGCCCAAAGUGUAUAUGUUUAUAUUCAAUCGAUUGUUUUUGCUGUGUUCUUUGAUAGUUACAACGUAGGAGCCAUCUCCGUCUCAAAAAAAGAAAAAAAAUUGUAAUUAUUUUGAAAUUGAUUGACCACAUUAACAUUAUACAUUGUGCAAAAGUCUUCGUUUUGUAA